CGGAGAUGCAAGCCACGAUGACAACGCGACGACUCGGACUUCUUGGUCUGCUGGUGGUGCUGGGCAGCCUGGUGGCCCAAAGCAAGCCACAUGGCUGGAGCAGCGGUGGUGGAGGAGGAGGUGGCUGGUCCUCCGGCGGAGGAGGCGGCAGCAAGGUCAUCAUCAGUGCCUGGCCCUCCAGCGGAGGCGGCGGCGGAGGUGGUUGGUCCUCUGGCGGCGGCGGAGGAGGCUGGAAAAGCGGCGGAGGCGGCGGCUGGUCAUCCGGUGGCUCAGGAGGCGGCGGCUGGAAGAGCGGCGGUGGCUCAGGUGGUUGGUCCAGCGGCGGUUCCUCUGGCUGGCCAAGCAGCUCCUCCACCGGCUGGAAGUCCGGCGGCAGUUCAGGACUAUCGUGCCCGAGUGCCCUGUCCAGUCUCUCCGGCUGGAAAUCCCAGGCUCUGAGUAGCCUGAGCAGCGGUUGGAAGAGCGGCGGUGGUGGAGGCGGUGGCUGGUCAUCUGGUGGCUCCGGAGGCGGUGGCUGGAAGAGCGGCGGUGGCUCGAGUGGUUGGUCCUCCGGCGGCGGAGGAGGCUCAUCCGCCUGGCCCAGCAAGAUCAGCAGCGGUUGGUCCUCUGGAGGCGGCGGAGGAGGCUGGUCCUCUGGAGGAGGCAGCGGAGGAGGCUGGAAGAGCAGCGGUGGCGGAGGCGGCUGGAGCUGGUAAACAGAUCCUUAACACCAGGACACGCGACGAAAUCCAACCGAGGCAAUCCGGCGACGAGGCUAUAACGAAAUCCACUGCUCAACUUGUAUAUAACAUUUCUCUGCCCUAAACUUAAUCAAACUCUUUUUUUUUUGUGCACCUAAAUAUGUGAAUAAAUCUUACGAAAAAGAA